UUGUCGGAGGGGAAUUUCGAUAGGAUUAGUGUUGAGAGUGGGAAGGAGAGGAAGAAGGGUGGGUCCGGGAGGGAUUGGUGGUGGAAACAGGAAUCCGCCAUUGAUGUUUCUGAAUCUGGGAGAGUUAAGGAUUAUGUGAUGGAAUGGAUUGGAAAUGAGAUAAAAAAAGAGAGACCCAAAAGCGAAUGGGUUGAAUCUGAAAGCUGCAUUGCUUCUUCAAGUGGGAACGUGAAGCAGAAGAAGCAGAAGAGGAGAUUGGAAUGGUGGGCCUCCCUAGAUGAAGGUAGAAUGAGGAAGAAAGAGAAGAACAGGAAGAAGCCAACGGAGUGGUGGAAGGAGGAGUUCUGUGAGGAACUUGCAAAGAAGAAGAAGGAGCUCAGUUCCAGUAGUUGCAGAGAGUUAUGGUGGCAGAGGGAUGAAGAUUCGGUAAUAGAGAGGAAGAAGAAGAAGAAGAAGAAGAAGAAGAAGAACAUCAAUAAGAACAGUAGAGGAAGUAUUGAUCGGUGGUUGGAUGGAUUGAGUGGUGAUCUUAGAAAUGGAAGAAGAAACAGCCUAGAUGGAGUAACCAGUGACAUCCCCAAGAGUGGUGGCAUCAGCAGCACCCCUAGUAUGAGAGGAACUGUUUGUUAUAUCGCCCCCGAGUACGGCGGAGGCGGGCAAAUAUCUGAGAAAUGUGAUGUCUACAGCUUUGGUGUGCUAUUAUUAGUUCUAGUGUCGGGGCGGCGACCAUUGCAGGUAAUGGCAUCGCCAAUGUCGGAGUUCGAGAGGGCGAACUUGAUCUCGUGGGCUCGACAACUCGCCCGCAAUGGGAAGCUCUUGGAUCUUGUUGAUCCAUCCAUUCAUUCCUUGGAUAAGGAACAGGCAUUCCUUUGUAUCACGAUUGCAUUGCUGUGUUUGCAGAGAUCACCAUCCAAACGCCCCACAAUGAAGGAGAUUGUGGCCGUUUUUUCAGGCGAGGCCGAGCCACCGCAUCUUCCAUUCGAGUUUUCCCCAUCGCCCCCGUCAAACUUCCUUUUCAAGUCUCAGAGGAAGGCCACAAGGUGAGUCAAAACUAGAUGUUUUUUCACCAUUUUUGAUUCAAAGUAUAAACUCUUGAAAUGAUCAGAAGAGACCGUAACAAUGUAGCCUACACUGUUACAUUUCGAAUCUACAUCGGGCAUAUUGUAGCGGUUUCCUUCAAUAAUUUCAAAAGCAAAUGGCGUUGGUUAUUCCCUUUUUCUCCUUUCCCAUGAUUAUGGUUGAUGGCGAUGAUUUUUUCAAAAAGCUCCCCACAACCACAAGUGGGUUAAAGUGAAGAAUAUGAUAUAAGCACAAAGGCGAAAGCUUUUCCUUAGCCUACAAACUUCUUCACACUGUCCUCACCCUCAAAUCAUGCCAUCACUGACUAUUCUUUACUUUAAAAGUUGACAUUUUUUUGCCCUUUUUCUCUCUGUGCUUAUAAACUAGCAUGAGUUUCAGUACAGCCUUUUCAGCAAGAAAGUGAAAGUGAAAGUGGUGGGGAAGGUCCAUUGGGUCUACCAAAUGUGUAAAAAUUCUGACCCAUUGAAUCAUAUGCUUCUGGGUUCUGUAGGGUACCCUCUGGAUUGUGGGGGUGCCCCCACAUCAAGGGAGAACCUUUGAGAAGAAUUUUUAUUAGAUGCAUUUAACUGUACGAGAGUGAUGAUGUUAUUUAUUUGAGAUGGAUAUUAAUAAGUCCAUGACCUUA